AUGGUGGAACACAAGGAGGAGAUCUCUCUACAGAUGUUGGCUGGCCAUAUAACUGGGGAACUGCAGGGCUGCUGUCUUUCGGAAUUCCAACAGAUGCCCAUCUCAGCCCCAUAUGUGUAUGCAAUCACCAUCGACAGUGUUCAACGGCUUUACACUGCUCCCAACUCAAGCUUUGAGAAGCUCAGCGCUCAGACCAUGAAAGGCUUCGUCAACGCUUAUUUUAGCACCUACCUGCGGGAGUACCUCUAUGCACCGAGCUGUUAA